AUGUGCUACUAUGGCAGCUACUAUGGGGGCCUGGGCUAUGGCUAUGGCUCUGGUUAUGGUGGCUAUGGCUCCGGUUAUGGCUGUGGAUGUGUCAGCUUCCGUGGCCUAGGCUGUGGUUUUGGCGGCUAUGGCUAUCGAGGCCUGGGUUAUGGUGGCUAUGGCUAUGGCUGUUGGUGCCCAUCUUGCUAUGGAAGGUAUUAUUCCUAUGGCUUCUACUGAAAACCAUUUCCUCUUGCCCUAUCAUGGCAACCUUGUCCUGCCCUGCUUUGGGCUAAUUCCAUGGCCUUGUAAGGACCUCACAUUCCACCUGCCUCUAUGGCUGAGUGGCCUGGGAGAGUUACCACAAGACGGCCUUGGAAUCCCUAGGUAACAUUCAGGGCAAAGAAGUGGCAGGGACUGAGAAUCAGCAGGACCCAUUCUUCUGUGAUUUGAUGCAGAAUCUCACCUGUCAUGAGGGAGAUUCCUCCAAUGACAACUCACUUCCUGCAAGUUUGCUCAGCUCUGAGAGACCACGGC